AUGAGUAAGCUCUCGAGUGACGCCCUUAGAGAAGCCGUAACCGUUGUGAGAAGCAAAUCGGAUGAGAAGAAACGCAACUUUGUGGAGACUAUUGAGCUCCAGAUUGGUCUGAAGAAUUAUGACCCUCAAAAGGACAAGCGUUUCAGCGGUUCUGUCAAGUUACCACACAUUCCCCGUCCCAAAAUGAAGAUCUGCAUGCUUGGAGAUGCCCAGCAUGUUGAGGAGGCUGAGAAAAUGGGACUAGACUAUAUGGAUGUGGAGGCUUUGAAAAAGCUUAACAAGAACAAGAAGCUCGUCAAAAAGCUUGCAAAGAAGUACCAUGCUUUCUUGGCUUCUGAAUCAGUCAUUAAGCAGAUUCCUCGUCUUCUUGGACCUGGUCUCAACAAGGCAGGAAAGUUCCCAACGCUUGUGAGCCACCAAGAAUCACUAGAGGGGAAGGUGAAUGAAACAAAGGCAACUGUUAAAUUUCAGUUGAAGAAGGUUCUCUGCAUGGGAGUUGCAGUUGGUAACCUAUCCAUGGAAGAGAAGCAGAUCUUUCAGAAUGUCCAGAUGAGCGUCAACUUCCUUGUCUCUCUCUUGAAGAAGAACUGGCAAAAUGUGAGGUGUUUGUACCUCAAGAGCACCAUGGGACCACCACAAAGAAUCUUCUGA